AUCAGGAUUAAUGUCCUUCCGAACCUCCCCUCGAGUUCACCCCGGACCUUCGACCAGUGGAAGUACCGGGGGUCGUGAACGGGGGCGGACAUAUAUAAAGCAGAGGAGCAGACGCAGGAGCGCUCAGCUCGGAUCUGGACUCCUCAAUCUGGGUCUGACAGCAGUUGUCAGCGGAGUGAACCCGCUCCACGAACAUGCUCGAACUCUUCUCCAGCUCUCCACCGGCGCCUGACAGCGAGGCUUUUUCUGGGCGCAGGUGAUUUUUUUUGUUUGUUUUGUUUUUAAUAUAUAUUUUUAAAGGAGUUCUGCGCACGGAAACUUGAACCAAAGGCGCCCAUGGAGCUGAAGAGCGCAUGUCGCAUGGCUCUCUUCCCCUUCCAGAUGCUCUACUAUGUGGCCAGAGCCAGUUUCUUCUGGCUGCUUCCGACCAGGAGAAAGGACUUGGGGAAGGAGGUGGUGUUGAUCACCGGCGGGGGUCGAGGCAUCGGACGCCACCUGGCGAAAGAGUUCGCUCGACACGGGGUCAGAAAGCUAAUCCUCUGGGGACGGACGGAGAAGUGCCUCAAAGAGACUGCUGAGGAGAUUUCUCUCUCAGGAACGGAGUGCCAUUACUUCAUAUGUGAUGUGGCUAAUCGGGAGGAAGUUUACAAGCAAGCCAAAGUGGUUAGAGAAAAGGUGGGCGACGUCACAAUAGUGGUGAACAACGCAGCAGUAGUUCACGGCAAAAGUCUGAUGGACAGUGAUGACGACGCUCUUCUCAAGUCGCAACACAUCAACACCAUGGGACAGUUUUGGACUACAAAAGCUUUUCUGCCAAGGAUGCUGGAGCUGCAGCAUGGCCAUGUAUUGUGCAUCAACUCCAUCCUGUCUCAGUCUCCCAUCCCAGGGGCCAUUGACUACUGCACCUCCAAAGCCUCAUCACUGGCUUUCAUGGAGAGCUUGACACUCGGCCUGUUGGACUGCCCGGGUGUCAGCUGCACCACAGUGCUUCCCUUCCACACCAAUACAGAAAUGUUCCAGGGCAUGAGAGUCAGAUUCCCCCAACUCUUCCCCCCUCUCAAACCCGAGGUUGUCGCCCAGAAGAGUGUCGAUGCAGUGCGAGCAGACAAAGCGUUUCUCUACCUGCCCUGGACCAUGAAUGUCCUUGUGACUUUAAAAAGCUUCGUGCCACAAGUUGCACUUGAAGAAAUCCACAAGUUUACUGGGAGUUAUACCUGCAUGAACACAUUUAAAGGAAGGACAUGAGACUGCAAGUGACCUAAGCAACGCUGAGACUUAAUAAAGGGAAUACGGACCUUAAGAUGCCACUGAGGACAUCCUUUUGCAGCGUGAAGACAUUUGCUGAAUGGAUUUUGAGAUGCUGCAGCAACUGCUGCCAUUGACAGACAGAAGAUCGUACGUGUCAGAGGACGUGGGACUGACCGCAAUCUCACUUUAAACAGAAGCCAUGCAUAGAUCUGAACUAGUAGUUGCUGUGGGAGCUUUUUAGUCUGUUUUGAUGGUUCCUUCUUUUUGAAAUUGAUUUUACUGUGUCAUUAAAUCAAAACAAGAUAAUAAAAAGCAGUUUGAGAGAUACACUUUGUUUCUUUGUGCCUGCCGAAAAUAGACUCUUGCAAGGUGCGCAUUGUUUUGUGUGUCUGGGUUUUGACUCCGCGGGUGAUAGCACCUGUGAUUUAUUUCGGGUGUGAGUUCAUUGACUGUGACAAACAAUGUUGUCAAAACAUAAAAACACGGUGUGCGCGGCAUCAGCAUUAUUGUUUGUUCCCAACUGUCAAAAUCGCAGCAUGGGGAUGAAGAGAGGCGUGUGAGAAUGAAUGCUAAAAAGGCUGGUCACUUGUGUCUGGAACAUUUCAUAUCAUUUUGGUCAUAAUAUAAGACGAAAACUCUCCAAACUGAGCGGCUACUCCAACAUCAUUGACCAAACUUUAUUUGAAUGUUUUAAUACUUGGCCAAGGAGCGCCCUGGAGUCACAUUCAGUGGAUGAGAUCAAGGCAGCUUCAUAUUUGGUCCCUUUUGACCAAAGAUGUUAUUAGGGCCUGAAAGCGUGGCCAACACCUGGAACGAGUCAGAGUAGAUGAAUUGCCAAAUAUGAGCAUAAAGCACAAACUAAAAUGGAAUAAACCUGUGCAGCCACAGGUUUUAUGUCUUAUAUCUUCCACCACCAGUAGAAACAGUUGUGAUAUUGUGGCUGGUCUGAGGGAAAAGAGGGAAUAUUUUGCAGAGAUACAGAUUCCGUAGAAGCAACUAUACAACUGACUGGUUACUACACAUA